GACGCGCCGCGCACGUUGACAUGCCCCGCGGGCCGUGUGUGAGUGCCACAGUGUAGUGGGGCAGAGGCCCAUACGUUCGAAAAUAGAAAACGGAAAGAUUGACCCCCAGAUGGGAGUGUACGAAGAGAGGGGGGCGAUGCACUGGCAACAGAGUGAGCGGUACCUAUCAUCGGCAUACGAAGCAGGGGCCGAGUUGUCGCCAGUGGCGCCCGCAGCAUCACCAGGAUCCCCUCGCGACUGCACAUCGUGUCGGAAGAGGGAACCGCCAGACGAGCCACCGCCACCACCUCCUGAAGACGCUUGCGCUGGUUGUGGAGCACGCAUCACAGACAGAUACUACCUUCUCGCCUUGGAACGCCGUUGGCACACACCUUGUUUAAGGUGCUGCGAAUGCAAAAUGCCCCUUGACUCCGAACAGAGGUGCUACGCCCGUGACAGCAAUAUAUUCUGCAAAAACGAUUACUUCAGAUUGUAUGGAUCAAAGCGAUGUGCGAGGUGCAACACGCCUAUUUCCGCGUCGGAACUGGUGAUGAGAGCCCGUGAUCUCGUGUUCCACGUACACUGCUUCUCUUGUGCUCUAUGCAGCACCAGGCUUACGAAGGGUGACACGUUCGGCAUUAGAGAUUCGGCUGUUUAUUGCAGGCUACAUUAUGAAACGAUGCCGGAUUACGGUCCCCACAUGGCAGUACCUGGCCCCCCGCAAAUGUGUCCGGGCCCCUACGCAGGGCCCCCGCCAGGCCCUCACUAUCCUGCGUAUCCUUCGCCUGAGUUUGGGCGAAUAGAACCUGAUGUUCCUAAAGGCCCCUUUUUUAACGGGGCAUCUGCGCCACCACCACGACAAAAAGGUCGUCCAAGAAAAAAGAAACCAAAGGACCAAGAUAUCAUGUCAGCCAACCUUGAUCUAAAUGCUGAAUACCUGGAGAUGGGGUUCCGCGGUGGUGGCGCAUUGGGGAGCACCUCACGCACGAAGCGCAUGAGAACCAGCUUCAAGCAUCACCAACUUCGCACCAUGAAGUCCUAUUUCGCGAUCAACCACAACCCAGACGCUAAGGAUCUGAAACAGUUAAGCCAGAAGACAGGCCUCCCGAAAAGAGUUUUACAGGUAUGGUUCCAGAACGCGCGAGCGAAAUGGCGGCGCAUGGUGACGAAGCAGGAAAACAAAAUGGCGGAGAAGCUGUCUCCGGACGGCUCGUUAGAGAUGGACAUGUACCACGGGCCCAUGGGGUCCAUCCAGUCGCUACCUCCGCACAGUCCGCCUUACAGUGUGAUGGGAGGCCCGCCGAGUCCCAAUUCGAUGGACUGUCCGUAGCCCCAGUUUUGCGCUUUAUGAGCGCUUUGCAAUUGAACAUUACCAUUCGAAGUUUCCCUAUCGACGCUCUAAUCGAAAGGUGCACAAAUAGAGCGAGACAAAUGAUUAGUGAUGAUAAUGGUCGCAUAGUACAAUGUGUUGUGAAAUACCUAAUUGUAAAAUACCAAGGACUGCUAACACAGAGCAAUGGUGUGGUGCGUUAAAAGUGAAAAUGAAUUUGGUGUAGAAUGUACAUUUAUCAAAUUUUCUAGAAUGAUGUAAUUUCGAUUUUAAAAUUGAGAAUGUUUUACUGUAAUAUUUAUCCAUGACAGAAUUAAUUCUGUGCAGGCUUGUGAAAACAUCAUUAGACUUAGUAUCUAUUAUGCAAGUAAAUAUUAAUAUAUUUUAUUGGCAUUUGUUUGUAAAUAAAACUAGCCAAACGUAAAUCACUCAUUUGGUACCUAGGUAGGUUAUACAUAUUAAACAGCAAGCGAAAUAAAAAGUUGGAUUAUGUGACGCCCAUCCGUCCAAUUUAAAAAACUUUACUUAAUUGGUAUAAAAAUAAAUCUUAUGGUGCAACUAAGUCCAGGUAAAAGUUAAAUACAUUACGGUUAACCUCAAAUAUUGACCAUCAAAGUGCAAAUUUAGUUCAACUUAAGCGAGCGUGACCAAUUUUGCUUUUUAUUUCAUAAAUUUAUUUUCAGUUAAAACAAUAUUGCAGAUUAAUCUCAACCAUGUACAUGCUAAGUUGUUAAAAUCUGAUAACAUUCUAAUAUUUAUUUAUAUACUUUUAAAAUUACCGAUGGCCAAAAUUUAACGCUAAUCGUAACUUUAACCGGCUGUCGGAAACUAGACAUACAUCCGUCUAUCCGUUAAUCCAUCACAGCCACAUAUUUUAUUAAAUAUUUACUAAUGCUAUUUACUAGCUCUAAAUAAUGUCUGCCCAACUUUAUUGCAAAUGAAACAAUUAAUUUUUUUUAAAUUAUACUUGCAAAAGGGACCGAAAUUUCAAUUUUACUAAGUAGAUCAAGUUGGGUGUCACAUUGAAAGAGCUCUACUUGCCAUUCUAAAAUUCACUUCAUUUUAUAAAUUUAUUUUUAGGCCCCUUUUCAACUUAUGAUGUAAAAUGCAAUGAAAAAGAAAAAAAUACAGUUCCAAACGUUAUACAGAUCUCCGAAGUUGAUAGUUUAUCAUCGAAGUAGGUAGCAUAUGUAAAAAUUAUAAAUGCCCCAAAUAAAAGUAAUUUGUUUUGGAAACGGUAAUUCAAUUCAUCCAAAUAACUCUUUAUACAUAAUUAGGUAUGUUAGGUACUUUCCAAAUUACGAAACUUUUGGUGGAUGAGUCUGACUCGCACUCGACUUUUUUCAAUCGACUACCUAAAAAUAAAUAAUAAUGAUCUCUAAUGAAUGAAAUGAAAGAUUGUUUAAUUUUAUGAAUUAUUAUCAUUACUGUUUACAAGCCACUGACCUCUACUAAUACAAGUACGAUGGACUUGCGAUUGCCAACCUGUUUUUGAAACACUUUCGCCAUUUUGUUGUUGAUAUUAUUAGCAUUGAGCGUCAUGUGAACGUAUUCAUAACUAAAUGCUAUUUGACACAAAGCGUCAAU